UGGCGGGAACUUUGCACGUGGAAAGUGCUUCGGGCCUGUGAGCUGCAACGGUUGUCUACUUCUUUGUGGCUUGAGAGCUGCUGGAGGCCCCAGAGCGCCUUCUGGCUCCAGCUUCAGGCCCCAAGACGCUAGGCUGUGUUUUUCCCACCUGCGCCGCUGCAGUGCAGUCUCUAGACCGGGCGAAAGGACGGACAUCGGGCAGGUGACACUUGGCUAAGGUGGACAUCAUGGAUAUCUGCGAGUCCAUCCUGGAGAGGAAGCAGCAUGACAGCGAACUGUCUGCAUGCAGCGUCCUGGAACAGACGGACAUGGAGGCCGUGGAGGCCCUCAUGUGCAUGAGUGCCUGGGGACAGAGAGCCCAGAAGGGCGAGCUGCUGAGGACGAGGCCACUCACCCCUGUCUCCGACUCUGACUCCGGCGAAGCGGCUGCGCCCGAGCUGCCCAAGGACUUCCAGGCUUUCUCGACACUGUGUAUGACGCCACCUCAGAGCCCGGACCUUGUGGAGCCACCACCAGGGCUCCCUCCCCAGGCAGCCCACACCUUGGCAGCCAAAAUGCUGGGCCGGAGGGUAGAGUGGGCAUCGCCAGGACUGGAGCCCCACCGAGCUGUGGAGACAAGCGUGAUCAGGCACACCGGGGAGAGUGUCACCCUCACCGACUCCACUGUUGGGCAGCCCCAGGGACAGUUGGCCAUGGACAGGGCCGGGGAGGGGCGGCCCGUGGGCCCAGGUGACACCCCACUGGACUCACGCCUCCAGGACAGUUCCCAACUCACCAGUGCUACCUACUGCCAGCCUUGCUCUCACGAGCCUGGCAGCCCUCUCUGUGCGGACAGAAACCAGCAGCUGGUGUUGCCCACUGCCCCACAGGCCUGCUCACCAAAGAGUCCUGGUGGCCACCUGCCAUGGAGGAGCAGCCCCAGGCCAGGCCCUCUUUUCUCUGUCCCUAGCCCUACUGUCCUCUGCCAGAUGGUCCCCAUCCCUGUGUCCGGGCAGGCUGGGGUGCUGCCAGCUUUCCUCCAGCCUCCUACACUGAUGUCCACUGGACCUGGCAAGCCCAUCCUGCCCCAGGCCUCGCCUGCACCACAGGGAGCCGUGAUGCUAGUACUGCCCCCACCAGCCCUGCCCCCAGCUGCCACUUGCCCACCUGGUGUGGUCACUGUAGGCAGCACCAGGCUGCUGCCCCUCGCCCCCAUGCCCAUGCUCUUUGCCUCCAGCCAAAGCUUCGCCCCGCAGGUGGACUUCUCCCGGCGGAGAAGCUAUGUAUGCGACUUCCCUGGCUGCCGUAAGACCUACUUCAAGAGCUCACACCUAAAGGGACACCUGCGCACUCACACAGGGGAGAAGCCCUUCAGCUGCAGCUGGGAUGGCUGCGGGAAGAAAUUUGCGCGCUCGGAUGAGCUGUCACGGCACCGACGCACGCACACCGGGGAGAAGAAGUUUGCCUGCCCUGUGUGCGAGCGGCGCUUCAUGCGCAGCGAUCAUCUGACCAAGCAUGCGCGACGCCACCUGAGUGCCAAGAAGCUUCUGGGCUGGCAGGCAGAGUCAGAAGUGGAGGCAGGCAGGCGAAGUGAGGGCCCAGGCAGCCCCAUGGGGCCUGUGCCCACCUCAUCCUGAGCACCUGCUCCGCCUAGGCUGCGGGGCUGUGGGCAUCGUGCACAUUGCUCAUUUCUUUUCUGUUCUGGACCCUGUUCCGUGUCCUUUGCAGUUUCACAAGUAUCUUUUUGUGUAAGGAAACGGGGGACUUGAUCGUCUCGGUGACCAGCUCAGCCAGGGUCUUGCCCAGGGGCCUAAGUGACUGCCUGGCAAGCAGAAAGCUGGGAGUUCAGCCUCCGGUGCCACAAAAAGAAUAAAUCACCAGGGUUCACAUAACCAUUUUGGCAGUAAAGUUUACAGAGUAAGUCUGGGUUUUUACAAGCUUUCUAUUCUGUUUUGUAGAAAGAAGACAGGGUACUAAUUUUAUACUGUUUUUUAUAAAAGUAUUUAUAUUGUUGGUGCUUGCAUCACCCGUUUCUAUUUAGCCUCCUUGGUGUUUAGUGAACACCCUGAAAGAAGCCGUGGCCACUCUGUUAGAGCUGAGGACCCCUGGAGACAAGACGCAGGUUAUGGGGCCUCUCAGAGAACAGGAGGGGCCCAAGUGUGGGGUGCUGGUGUCCUUCGGGCCAAGGAAGAUCAGUUUGUGCCCAAGGUGUCACUCGGCCCAUCAGCUGGUCGUGUGUCCGCUGAUCUCUUGACUGGGCCUCCCCUGAUGGCUAGCCGUGUGGGAAGUGGCCUCAGGUGGUGGGGCAGGCACGAGGCCACAAGCUUUGGUUCCCUGGGUGCAAGGACUGCAGGGAGCUCAUGGGCUGCUAUGGGCUGUGUGGCUCCAGAUUGAAGGGAGGCCCUGAGGAGGGAGGCUGUGGCCUCCAAGGCCCUGGCCCAGGCGAGCCCAGGCUGUGCUGUCACUGAGGCUUGGUCCAAGGCCACAGAGGAAGGGGACCCCCACUGCUGUGGUGGUGGAGGGGUUGUGACUGCACUGUGUGCUUAGCCAAGGUGUUGGGGACUUAGCCUUUAUUCUGGUGAGGGUGGGGCGGGAGCUGCCUUUCCAUUUGCAGUCUGCCACCACUCCACCCAGCCAGCCAUCCUCAGUGUGUGACUUGAUGCCCACAGAGUCGCCCUUUUAUUUCAGCUGCUUUUCAUGUGUGUGUGUACGUGUGCGCACGUGUGGAGUGUGUGUGUGCAGUUAUGCAUUUUCAUGCUGUGCACAGUUGGAUACUUGUGUUCCUGGAGCUUCUGGGGAACCUGUGUGUAGAACAUGUGACCCUGCUGCCCGUCCCCUGCCCUCACCUGAGGUCGAUGUGACACUGGCCAAGUGUGGGCCACUUGGUUGCUGCCCUGCUCCAGAGCUCUGCUGGGACGGGGCCCUCGGCCUGGACUCCAUGCUCUGCAGUGCACGGUGGAUAGCGUUCACAGCCAAGCUCCCGCUUCCUGCUCGGUCGGGGGUGUGCUGGGGGCUACCCGCUUGCUCCUGGGGAUGGCCGUCAGGGCACCGGCUCUGAUCCGCAAACCCACACCACCCUGCCGCCCGUUCUGCCUGUUCUGCCCGCCGCACAACGGGUCCCUGCACUUUACCCUUCUUGGGUUUGCUUGAGCUUUUUUGACUUUGAGCCUUUAAAAAGUAGUUUCAGUGAUAAAACUUAAAAUGUUUCAUAAUUUUCUCCUAUGUAACAGACUACAGCCUGUUAUUUAAAUGAGUAUGUAUAAUGUAAUGUUUUUUUCAAAUCAUAAAAUUUUCUUGAUUUGCAAA